AUGUCUUUUUUCACAUCGGAUCGAACGAUAUUUAUUGAUUAUUCAAUAGCACCAAUAAAUACAAAAACGGCGCAUCAAACGCAUCAACUAAUAAAUAGAGCGCUUCGAGAACAGGCAGACUCUCCUGUUUACGAUGCGUCAUCAAGCGGCCCAACUUUUUUACAACAUCAUACACACCAUAAAGUAACAUCAUCACAUCAACAAUCAAAUGAUCAUGAUCAUUUACCUCAAAUAGCAUCUCCUACAAAUGCUGUAUUUCGACAUUAUGGACCAAAUGGGAAUCCUGCUACGUACGGUUUUCAUGUGAAUAAUGAUAAAUUUAAACCUCCUUCGAAAUCUAAAAAAAAAAAAGAAUAUAUUCCAAAAACAAUGAAUACAACAACAACAAUAAAAAUGCCAAAAAAUGGUGAGCCUGUUACGUUAACUAGAGCGUCACCUCCUCCUCCUCCACCUCCAUCUAAAAAGAAAACUUAUCAUGAAAAUCAUAGAAAGCCUCGUCAAUUAUGGUGGACACCGAAACGAAAUCAUAUUGAAAUACGUUCUGAAGAUACUAGUUUUCAUUAUAAUGCAUCAUCAAAAGUUGGAUCUUUUGAUAAUAUCGAUUAUCAUCCGACUGGUGGUCACAUAUCGAUACGUGAUGAACCUAUGCAUUGGCGUGCAGCACCAAAAGUUGAUUCCCUUUCAAAUGCUAAUUGGACAUCAACGGCACCUCGUAUUGCUGUACGAUCAGAAAAACUUGAAUGGGAUGCUCGUCCUAAAGUUAAUUCAAUGAUGAAUUUAGAUUAUAAACCUACAGGUGGUAAUGUAGCAAUUCGCGAUGAUAGACUUGAUCUAAGCCAUGUUACACCACGUGUUGAUUGUGGAUUUAUUGAAUAA